AUGAAGUUCUCUACCACCCUCGCUACCCUCGCUGCCGCGAGCCUGAGCAGUGCUCACUACACCUUCCCUGCCCUUGUUAACGAGGGCGAGGUCACCGAGGACUGGAAGUACGUCCGCAUGACUUCCAACCACUACUCGCACGGCCCCGUCACGGAUGUUACCUCCGAGGACAUCCGCUGCUACGAGGACUCCUCCAACCCCACGACCGAGACUCUGUCCGUCAAGGCCGGCAACAACCUCGGUUUCACCGUCGACCCCGACGUCUCCCACCCGGGUACCCUCCAGUUCUACAUGGCCAAGGCUCCCGACGGAACCACUGCCGCCGACUUCAAGGGCGAGGGUGACGUCUGGUUCAAGAUUUACGGCCAGGGCCCCACGUUCAACAACGGCGAGCUCGGCUGGCCUUCGCAGGGCCUGACCCAGGUCAACGUCACCAUCCCUGAGUCCCUCCCCUCCGGCGACUACCUCUUCCGUGUCGAGCACAUCGCUCUGCACAGCGCCGGCUCCGAGAAUGGUGCUCAGUUCUACAUCUCCUGCGGUCAGAUCUCCGUCACCGACGGUGGCAACGGCAGCCCCAGCCCGAAGGUCUCCCUGCCCGGUGCUUACACGGCCACUGACCCCGGUCUCCUCAUCAACAUCUACUACCCUGUUCCCACCAACUACACUCUUCCCGGCCCUGCUGUCUGGUCUGGUUAA